ACACCGCGCUCUCUUCCUCCCUUGCCCGUCGCCGAGACGAAGCGCCGCACGCCGUUCCGUUCCAUCCCACCAGCCAAGAGUUCGUCCGUCCCGGCUGGAUUGUUGGAUCGAUGGCCGCCAUGAAGGUGGUGCUGAAGCUGGACCUGCACGACGACAAGCAGAAGCAGAAGGCGCUCAAGCUCGUCUCCAGUCUCCACGGUAUCGACCAGAUCGCCGUCGACACCAAGGACGACAAGAUGACGGUGGUGGGCACCGUCGACCCCGUCCACAUCGUCGGCAAGCUGCGCAGCAAGCUCUUCCGCACGGCGCAGAUCCUCUCCGUCGGCCCGGCCAAGGAGGACAAGAAAGACGACGCCAAGAAGGACGACGGCAAGAAGGAGCCGACCCCUGUGUACCCGCCGUGGUACCCGCCGCCGCCGCCGUACCACUACCACUCGCACCCCUACUACCACGGCCACAGCGCCGAGGAGGAUCCCAGCUCCUGCGUCAUCUGCUGACCGAGUGCACGUUCAGUAGCUCGCCGUCCUGCCUGCCGAUCGAUCGGCUUACCUGCACCGGUGAUGGACGGCGUUCGUUAUAUACAUGACAUGACCGUGUAGGCGUGUACGUUGCGCCGGUGAUCCGGCAGCUGUGCAUCUGGUUAUGCUUAGUUUGUAACGUGUACAUACAGAAUUACAGUAUAUUGUUCAGAAAAAAAAGCAUCAAAUUGUAAAAAAAAAAGGUCUGGAGAAGGAUCAGAUAGAACUGCUGCAGUAGUUUUUUCAGAGAAA